AUGUCCAGCAUUCAGAUCAGAAAGUUUCAGGAUGGGGACGCUGAGAGUGUGAGGGAGAUCUUCACCCUUGGGAUGAACGAGCACCUGCCCUCGUCUUUCAUGCACAUCCUGAAACAGCCGGUGACCCAGAUGCUUCUCUUCUGCACGUUCUGUGGCCUGUUGAUGAGCUCCAAGUCCUUCCUGCUGCCCAUCCUGGCGGUCACUCUCCUCCUGGCCGGAGCCCGGCAGAUGAUCGUCUACAUAUUCAGCAGUUACAUAGACGCCUCCAUGAAGAAUGACCUCAAGGACAUCGGCGAGGCCUACCUGAAGCAGAAGGACUCCUGCUUUUGGGUGGCUGAAAGCGACGGGCGGGUGGUGGGCACGGUGGCUUGUCUCCCGGCAGAAAGUGCCCCCGAGUGCCUGGAGCUGAAACGCAUGUCGGUGCGGCGCAGCCACCGCGGGAUGGGGAUAGCCAAGGCUCUGUGCCGAACGGUGGCCGAGUUUACUUGCGACAGGGGUUACCCCGCCGUCAUCCUCUACACCUCCAUGGUUGCGAAAGAUGCUCAGAAACUGUACGAGCACAUGGGUUACACGAAGAUCAGGGAGUUUGUUUUGCCUGAGUUCUUUGCCAAAAUUAUAAACUUCACGCUUCUGGAGAAGUACCGGGAUGAGGACGCCGAGAGCGUUAAGGAUGUCUUCACCUGGGGGAUGAGCGAGCAUGUGCCGUCGUCCUUUACACACAUGCUGAAACAGCCGUUGACCCAGAUGCUUCUCGUCUGCACGUUCUGUGGCCUGAUGACCAGCUCCAAGUCCUUCCUGCUGCCCAUCCUGGCGGUCACUCUCCUCCUGGCCGGAGCCCGGCAGAUGGUCGUCUACAUGUUCAACAGUUACAUCGACGUCUCCCUGAAGAAGGACCUCAACGACAUCGGCGAGGCCUACCUGAAGCAGAAGGACUCCUGCUUUUGGGUGGCUGAAAGCGACGGGCGGGUGGUGGGCACGGUGGCUUGUCUCCCGGCAGAGAGUGCCCCCGAGUGCCUGGAGCUGAAACGCAUGUCGGUGCGGCGCAGCCACCGCGGGAUGGGGAUAGCCAAGGCUCUGUGCCGAACGGUAGCCGAGUUCACUCGCGACAGGGGCUACCCCGCCGUCAUCCUCUACACCUCUGUGGUGCAAACCGAUGCUCAGAAACUGUACGAGCACAUGGGUUACAAGAAGAUCAGGGAGUUUGUUGUCCCCGAGUUUUUUGCCAAAAUCAUGAACUUCACCCUGUUUGAGUACAGACUCGACGUGCGGGGGGACGAAAAAAGAGACUGA